AAAGCAUUCUUUUGUGCCGUUGUGAAUUGGUAUUUAUUAGAUAUAAAUCGAUAUUAAAAUGAUUCUUUACUCGUGGCAAUUAUCUGUUUUUUUACCUAAACAUAAUCAAAAUAAGUUACACAACAUUUCCUAGAUGACGAAUUAUUGAACUCUUAACGAUGAGACGGACAAAGUGAAAUUUGACUUUGAUUUUGGAAAUUAUGAAGUGUGUUGGUAUAUUCCUGUUGUUAACAAGCUAUUUGGUGGUAGCGACAGCAGACCAAUGCGUACAGCCAUGCUUGUUUUUUAUCAAUGACACAGACAUUGUUCGUCAAAGCAACAUAUUUAAGCCUGAAGUUUCAUCCUUCACAAGCUUUCCCCUACCAUUUAAUCUAUCAAGGAAUAUAAAAGCUUUUGAUUUCCACGCUAAAUCGAAAAGAUUGUUUUGGUCUGACACAAAACAAAUCUACUCAUCCGGCUACGAAAAGGAUAGCGAUCUAUUCUCAUUUGAUUUACAAGUCGGCGAAAUAGCAGGACUAGCAGUUGAUUGGAUCUUUGAUCUUGUUUUCUGGGCAGACAUGGUAUAUCGAUCUGUUGGUGUUUCAGAUUUGUACGGUCGAUAUCAAUCGAUACUUUAUGUAACUUCCACGGUUGGAAUAUGGCCGACUCAAAUUGCGGCAACUGGAAAGAAAGGUUUAAUCUUUACUGUCUGGCGUGGCAAGAAUGUUGGAUACCAUGUCCGAAGUACAAAUGUAGUUGAAGGAUUAACGGAGACGAAAUAUACAGGAUACACAGAUCACGUGUUAAGCUUAGCUGUUGACACGAAAAAUGAAAGAGUAUACGUUGCAACAAGUGGAGGUCAACUUCGCAGUUUUAGCUACUUUGGUUCCAAUGUAAAGGUCCAAAGCUUUCCUGGUAUUAAAGGUGUAGCAGUUGGUUACAACAAAUUGUUCCAACCUUAUAUUUACAUCCUCAAAUCUGAUAAAAAGAUAUACAAUGUGACGAGAACUGCAGAGAGAGUUUUAACAAUGAAUGUUCAAGCAAUUGGUGACGCAGAUAUCCUGAUGAUAUAUCAAGAUGCAAUUCAACCAGUAACUACAGACAACAAAUGCUCAACUGCAGGCUGCUCACAUUUAUGCUUGCAUGCUGCUUCAUAUACAUCAUUUGUUUGUGCGUGCCCAAUUGGGUACAAAUUAAAUCCAGAUAAACGAACAUGCAGAACUGUAAAAGCAACUGGAUCAUUGGUAACUAAAACUGGAGAUAAUUUAGAGAUUACAGAGUUUUAUUCAAGUAUUGGAGAAUACAAUAAAACGAAACUGCUUGCCUCCAAAAGCAUGAAUGAGUUUAACGUAACAGUAGAUGAAAUGGUUGCAACAAAUGCAGAUGUUUAUUUUUUUAACAAGGAACGCAGUUGGCUAUGUCAAAUCAACUUAAAAACAGGAAGAUUGCACCUUUUAAAUCGAAAUUUUGAGCACACAGCAGGAAAGCAUCUGCAGUACGAAUUUACUUCAAAGCUAUUAUAUUUUGUGUGCUGCAGUAAUAAAAAGAUAAUGGCGUCAAUGUUAACUGGAGAAACAAAAACGAUCUUAACCGCGGUAGAUUUUGUCAUAUUGGACAUGACAAUUUCAUCUAAAGACGGUUUUAUCGCCACAAUAGAGAAGAGACAAACAAUAUAUCGUUGUAGUUUCUACAAAUUUGAUGGUGGUAAAAUAAAAACCUACUCGGUCGGUGCAAAUCCUAUAUCUCAUAUUUCUUAUGAAGAGAAAUCUAAGAGGAUAUUUUGGUAUGAUAGUCACGCAAAAACAAUUACCUCUUAUAUUCGAUCUACAAACGUGAACAAUGUUUAUGUUAAUAACGUGAACAGUGUUACAAUGAUGGCUAUCAAUGCAGGAACACUUUUCUGGAUGACAAAAUAUAGAGACGUGUUCUCUGUUAGCCUUACCAAUGCAAACCCCAAUCGUCUGGAAGCGUUUGUGAUGUUUUACAACAAACCAAUAGAAUUGGCAACUUCUCCUUUUAUCCCAGAACCAGCUUCGAGUCCUUGUAAUGUCAGUAACGGUGGCUGCAGUCAUAUGUGUUUAAGAGGAAGCAACCAAGUUUACAAGUGUUCAUGUCCUGAUGAUAUGGAUAUAGAUAGUGUGAAUAGCAAACUCUGUGUUUACAAAACUGCCACUAAAACAGAAACUGUUUGUGAGCAUUCCCAGUCGAAGCAACUGACGUGCCAGCCAGGAUAUUACAUUCACAUCUCUCAUGCUAUGUAUGGUCGUCUCACUUCAACUAUUUGCGCCAAAGUCUCGCGAAAUAAUUGCAUUUCCUCAAAAUCUUUAUCUGUGACACAAGCAAAAUGCCAAUAUAAACAAACAUGCACUGUGACAGCUACAAAUAACUGGUAUGGGGAUCCUUGUACAAACAUACAAAAGUAUUUACAAGUUCGUUAUCAAUGUGUUAGAAAUAUGGGAAAAGCUUCCAUUUGUCGUCCACCUUGUUUGUACUACUCGCAAGAAACAAAAAUCAGCAGAGUUCCUUUAAGUGAAGAUGGAACGAAACGCAAUAGUGAACCUGUCGUUAUAUUUGACAUUGGUCGUAAAAUCAAUUCAUUCGCUGUUCACCACAAGAAAAAUAUUCUCUUCUGGUCAGGGCAAAAUAAAAUAUAUCGCUCGAAAUCUAACGGCCAAGAUAUGCAAAUUCUAAAUGACAAAGAUGUGUUUAAUCCAAGUGGUAUUGUUGUUGACGAUGUCAAUGAUGUGAUCUAUUGGACAGACAGUGUGCAGCAUACAAUAUCGGUAAUGUCAUUAGAUGGAUUGCACUCCACAAGAUUGAUAACCGACAAAAUGAAUGUAGUUAAUUCACCAACAUCCAUUGUGAUAGAACUUGCUUACUCUGGAGGGUUACUUUUCUGGAUUAACAACAAAACACCGACACCUUCGAUUGGUUCAUCGACGCUGACAGGAGCAAAUAUUAAAGUAUAUAAAAUUGCCACCUCGUCACAACCAAGAGAUUUGAACAUCGACACUACACAGAGGAUGCUCUACUGGCUGAGCAACAAAGGAGUGGAACGCAUGUCCUAUUUUGGAACAUCUAAAAAAACCUUUGUUAAUCCAACAGGAAUGUCUUUUGCAAAUAGUCUCACAGUUUCAGCCACUAAGGGAUUAUUCUACCGUGCAAGAAGAAAUGGUUUAGCAAUAGAGAGAUUUAAACCAAGUUUUGCCAAGCUGAAUGAUACUACAGUUCCUGGAAUGACUGCUGGAACAAGGAUAAGACUAAUCGUCAAUACACCAACGCUUCCUUCAUAUUGCUCGUCAUCAAAAUGUCCAAAUGGAGUAUGUCUUAAUGGAGGGGCAUGCAAAUGCGAUAUUGGCUUUCAAUUGGUUAACCGCGUAUGUAAGCCAUCUGUAGCUACCAAUGAAGCACUUAUUCUUAAAGGAGAGAGGUUCUAUCACCAUAUAUAUUUCCAGAACGGUAUAAAAAGAAAGACAUUGCUAAAUAAUGGUUUUCUUGGAAAGUUUAAUCCUAAAACAUUUGACGUGGAUUGGAGAAAUGACAGGAUAUAUUGGUAUGAUGGAAAUGCUCAUGCUAUCAUGACAAUGUUUUUUAAUGCUAGCAAUACAAAAGUACUUAUAAAAGUUCCCAGCUACAUACAUAACAUCAACAGCGUUCAGUAUGAGUAUAAAAGGAAUGAGAUAUACUGGAUAGAAGAUGGUGCAAUCUAUAAAUGUUUGGCAAAUAAUGGAUCAAACAUAAUUGCAUUAUAUUCUUCAGUGAACAUAAAUCAAUUACGCCUGGCUUCUAAAAAAAGAUAUGUAUUCUAUGUGCACGUAAACAAAACGACCAACGCGAACUCAAUAUAUCGUGGGACAUUCACACAGGCUAUAGAAAUUGUUAUCCAUAAAUCCGAAGCGUCAAUUAAAGAAUUAACAGUGGAUGAAUACGGUGAACGUUUGUAUUGGUUAUCGAGCGACAAGUUGAAAUCUUCUAACUACGAUGGUUCAGACACCAUUAUAAUUUUGUCUCAAACUCGAUAUAUAUCUGCUUCUAAGCAGUUCGUAAAGAACGGAAACUUAUUGGAUGAGGCUUUUGGGUUGCAAGUCGUCAAGCAUGAUAUUUAUUGGUACGCUAGAAAUGAGAAAAGAAUGUACAAAACAAAUAAACAGAUAGCUAAUAUUUUCUCUGUUGUCGAUGGCAUCUCUGCUGAUGAUACUGAGAGAUUUGAAAUGGUAAUGAAGAAACCGGAUGUUAUAAAUGCAAACAUUAACUUCAUUAAAUACACCUAUUCGUACGCCUCCCCAACUUCAACGAAUCGUUGUUCUACCUCAAAUACUUGCAACUAUGGAAGAUCGCCACCCUCACCACCACCUUGUGCCCCCGGUUACGUUUCACAACAGCGAACAGAGGUGUGUGCCAAAUGUGACAUCCCUUUGGGUGAAUCCUUUGUAUGUCAAUGCGAAAACUGGGCAUCAUGUAAUCACCGGUGGUCAUCUGAUGUCACAUGUCCUUAUGGUACACCAUUUUUAAGAAUGAAGUCAAGAGAAUGUUCAACAACAAUACGGUCUGGCUAUUGUCCCGCUUACGACUGUGGCUUGGACUUGUAUGACGAUAACUGUGUUCUGGAUAAUGAUUGUGCUAUGACGUCGCACAAAUGCUGUCCAACAAAGUGCGGAAGAAAAUGUUUGAAAAAGACAAGUAUUGAUAAAUCACCCUGUAAUGUAAACAACGGAGGCUGCAGCCACACCUGUGUCACGACGGAGUACAAUACCGGUAUGUGUCAGUGCCCAUAUGACAUGUAUCUGAACCAAGAUGGAUUGACAUGUCGAUAUGAGACAGGUUACUGCGACAACAAUCCGUGUUUUAGUUCGACAUGUGUAGAUCAUGUUGAUCACUACAGCUGCAUAUGCAACAAUACCUUCAAUGAAGAUCAUUGUCAAUAUGGUUUCUGUAACAGCAACCCUUGUCAAAACGGUGGGAGUUGUGAAGAGCUUCUCGAAGGAGGUGGAUAUAAUUGUUAUUGCUUUCCUCCUUAUCAAGGCAAAAAUUGUGAAAGUGAAGAUGUUUGCUACAGUAACGUGUGUGUUGGCAAUUCAACAUGUCUUCCUAAAUCUAACGGAGUUGACUCUUACACAUGUCAAUGUGAGUCAUUUCGUACGGGUACAUACUGUGAGAAAGUAGCGUACUGUGGUAAUUCUCCUUGUUUAAACGGAGGUAGUUGCUCGGAAGAUACCAAUGGUUUUAAUUGUCAGUGCGCAAGAGAUUUUGUUGGGAAAACAUGCUCGGAUCUGCAUCCAUGUUUCAAAUCUCCUUGUUUAAAUGGUGGUAAAUGCGCUUUUAAAGGGGAAAGUUACCAAUGUUUAUGUGAAGGUUAUUAUGCUGGUGAAAAUUGUCAAGUUUAUUAUGGAGAUAACAUUGCUGCAACUACAAUGAAAGAAAAAUCAGGAAAACAGAUUACUGCAAGGAGUUUUAAAGAAACAAUGGCGGAGUCUUAUACGCAAUAUUGCUCGACCAACGACUGUGCUACUGGCGCAGUUCUGCCAUCAGCAAGAAAACGGCGAGCUACUGAGAAUUUAGUAUUUAAACCAAAACACAUUAUUGUAGUGGUAGGCUACCCAAAGGUUGUUGGUCAAGGAGAAGUUCAAAUCCUGUAUUCAGUUCUAAUGCCGGUUGAAGAAGCGUUAGAAUCUAAACUAAUCAACGUUGAGGAUUUAGUAAAGGGUAUGGAUUCAUCAAGUUCCAUUGUGCAAUCCAGAUUAGGAGCUGACGUUGUUAAAACAUCGAAGUACAUCCAACCAACUGCUAAACCAGAUUCUGAUAACAACCAGGUGGUCAUUAUUGGUGCUGCUGUGGGAGGUGGAGUUGUGACCUUAGUGGUGUUGAUUAUAACCAUUGGUUGUUGCGUUGUUAAGAGAAGACAGAGUACGAACAAGGAUGUUCAUAUCACGAUGACGAACCCACUGGGUGGCACCUCUGUGUAUCACGGAAAACUACACAGCAAACAACGAACAUCAAUAGACUCCCGAUACACGCAGUCAACACAUUUUGGGUUUCCAUCGGCUACUAGAUCCACAAUAGGUGCCGCACCACCGCCACCAGAUUAUCCCAGAGGAGCAGGAGCUACCGGAGAGGUUCUUUAUGAAGGCAUAGAUAACUAUAACGCGAAAUAUAACGAAGUUUUUUACUUGGAAUCUCAAGAUUUCAAAGCUGCAAGUGAGAGUAACAACAACAGCAAUCCGUACGCAGGGCUGGCACAAAAAAGGGAAGGAAAUUAUGCAGGUUUAAAUUCAACAGAGGAGAGCUAUAUGGGAUUACAGCCAACUUAUAUCACACCGAACUUAAAUGAACGCGAUGGGAACGGUAGAUUAAAGGAAGAUUUUUUAGCAGCUGAAAGAGAGAAGUCCCGCAAAUCAAGUACUAAUUAUACCACUGAGGAUUACACUACAUUUGAAGAACAAUGUGGAACAGAUAAUUACAUGACAUUAGAGAAUAGCUAAAUAACCUCCAGCGUCUCUUUCACUUAUAAACUUUAGACUUAAGCAUUGCCCAAGCGCACUACACCCCAAUCCAAGGGUUAAUUGUAAGAAGUUUUGAACGGAUUGAGCGCACAUAGUGGCAUUUCAGUUCAUGUAAUUUUGUAAAUAACUUUACCUUAUGUUAUGCUUUACUUUUAAA